CCUCACGCGACAAUUAUAUCAUCAUUUUCCUUGUCUUCAUUUUAUUAUUCCUGCAGUUCGUCGCCAAGUAUUUCUUUGAGCCCAACAUGGGUCUCUUCGUGCCCGCAUUAAUCGGUUCGGCUGCCCUGUCAGUGGCCUGGUUGGCGUACACGGUCGUGUACAGGCUGUACUUCCAUCCAUGUGCCAAGUUUCCAGGCCCGAAGCUGAAUGGCAUCACACCUAUUCCAAGCAUAGUCAGUCUUCUUCGAGGACGACUGCCACUGGAUGAGAAGAUCUGGCACGACAAGUAUGGGCCAGUUGUGCGGGUUGGCCCGACUGUUCUGUCCUUCAAUACCCCUCAAGCUUGGGAAGACAUCUAUGGCUUCCGACAGGGCGGCCUCAACAUGCACAAGGAUCCCAUCCAUGUUGGCUCUGUAGAUCCAAUUCCUGGAGUUACGACCUUGACCAUGGCUGAUGAUCACAAUCACGCGAGACAAAGACGUGCAUUGGCCUAUUCGUUCUCGCAGAAAGCGUUGUCCGAGCAAGAGGAUAUCGUUCGCGGAUAUGUCGACACCCUGAUCUCAAAGCUUAAGCUCAAAGCUGAGAGAGAAGAAAUCUUUAACUUGGUCGAUUGGCUCAAUUUCACUACGUUUGACAUCAUUGGCGAUCUUGCAUUCAACGAACCUUUUGGCUGUUUGAAGGACGAGAAAUUCCAUGACUGGGUUGCCUUGAUUUUCGAGACCAUUAAGGUUGGAGCGCUGGAACAAGCAACUCGACGACUUGCCGAAGCUGGCAGUCCCUUCCAGACUUGGCUGGUGGAGAGGAUCCCUAAAGCCUGGCGUCUAAUGCGACGAAGCCACGUCGUUCGCAGCCGCGAGAAGGUUAUGCGACGGCUUGCGCAGGAAGACAUUGAGCACCGUGAUUUCAUCUGGUAUAUCCUGCAGCAAAGAUCGAAGCACGACCUGAAGGAUGACGAGAUCGUCGUGAACGGUGCUUUGUUUAUUGUAGCCGGAAGCGAAACCACGGCAAAUUUGUUGUCCGGACUUUUCGCUCGACUGAUUUGGAACCCAGACAAGUAUAAGAAACUGGUCGAGGAAAUUCGCACUGUCUUCAAGCAUGAGGAUGAACUCACUCAGGACAACAUUCAGAAUAAGCUCCCGUAUUUCCAAGCAUGUAUCGAGGAAGGACUUCGAAUUCAUCCUCCUGUUCCAGCUGGUCUUCUCCGCACAGUCCCGAAGGGCGGUGCUUACAUCGAUGGCAUGUGGGUUGAGGAGGGCACCUCCGUCGCGGUGAACAGCUGGGCUGCAUCACACAAUCCAAAUAACUUCAAGGACUGCGACAAAUUCAUUCCCGAACGCUGGCUCGAUCCCGCAUACAGUUCAGAUAAAAAGAAGGCAAUGCAACCUUUCUCGCUGGGUCCACGUGGCUGCAUCGGCAAGCAUUUGUCCUACAUGGAGAUGCGCCUGAUCCUUGCAAGACUUCUGUGGAAUUUCGAUAUCGUCUCCGUGGACGGUGCUUGGAAAUGGAAUCCAGAGGGUGAAAUGAAGCACAUGCGUGCUUUCAACACAUGGGAGAAGCCUGAGCUCAACAUCAAAGUUGUCAAAGUCAAUCGCGGCGAAAAAGCAUGAGAAUGAGGAUAAUCCUACUAUGAUAUAUGAUUAACGCAGUGUAUUGCUUCGAGGAUGAACUUCGAGACUUUGCUGAACUCGAUAGAAUUUGCAAGGGCGUCGUGCAGUAAAAUCAGUUGUAAAUAUGGAUAGACAAAGGCUUGUUGCUUUCUUAUCAUGACAGUUAAUCUUUCAUGUUACGAGUGAAGUCAUAUCAUAGCAGACCUAGCGGUUUCACGCUUCUGACACAAGCUCAGAGGCAGGGCCAAAGCGGGCAGGAGUUUCCAAAUCCAAGCAGCUAUUAUUAUGAUUGGCAUUUCUUCACCUUCUUCCACAUGUCUAAUACUCAUGCUUACAAGGCAGGUUUUGAUAUAACUUAAGAUAUAU